AUGGCUACAAUUCAUGAGUUCGACAUUCGUUUCCAAGAAAUCAGCAACGUCACAAUUCUCAGUGAUCGAGCUGAAGUUAAGAAAGUUGUUCCAGUUUCGGUGAAAGCUGGAAUCAAUGAAGUGCAACUGAAAAACUUUUCUCCCUGCCUCGAGCGCGAUUCUGUUCGUGUGGAUGGACAUGGAAAAGCAACAAUUUGUGAUGUUUCAGUGAAAGAAUCUGUUCACACAGACACUACAAAAGUUGUUGAUCUGCGAAAAGAGCUAGAGAAGUAUGUGGAAAUAAGAAAGAUGCAUGAAGAUCAGAGAGAUAUUUUGAAGAAAACUAUUGAAGGUUUAGAUAGAACAAUUGGAGAAAUUGGAAGAAGAGUGAUGAAUCCAUCGAAAGAAUCUGGAAGUGUUGUGAUAGAUGAACAACUUUUGAAUGGUCUUCAGAAGUUGUUUGAUUUCCACCAAGCAGAAGCAGAGGCAUUGAAAUUGAAGUUUAGGGAAAAGGAGCAAGAGAUUGCAAAAACUAAUGAGAUGACGACUAAAAUCAACGAGGAACUGUUGAAUUUGCAGGUUGCUCGAGUAACUAUUUCGCAUUGUGUUAUCAUCACUUUGGAGGCAUUUGAAGAUGGAGAAGUUGAACUUGAAGUGAUUUAUCAGGUGUUCCAAACUGGAUGGCAACCGUCGUAUGAUAUUCGAGUCGAUACUCAAACACCAUCAAUGACUAUCACUUAUUAUGGGAAACUUCAUAAUCAUUCUGGCGAAGAUUGGAACGAACUUCCAGCUGUUUUGUCGACUGCCCAACCAUGUCUCGGAGGACAUAUUCCAGAGCUUGGAACACUUGAUGCUCAAUUUUACAGACCAGUCUAUCUAUCACGUCCUCGGGGACGGGGAUCUAUGAAGAAGAGUAUGAUGAUGAGAAGAGCUGUUCCAGAGGCUAGGGGUAUGGAAAAUCACGACGACUACAUGGAAGAGGAAAAUGAAGAAAUGGAAACAAUGUCUCCGCCAGAAAUGGAAGUCACUCAAAAUACACUGAGUACCGAAUUCAAAAUCCCUCGUAAAUCCAAUCUUCCGACCGGAACUAGUGAUCAUAAAGUGACAAUUGGAACUAUUGUCCUGACUCCGUCUCUCGUUCAUGAGAGUGUUCCAUCGAAAAAUGCGGCUGCAUUCUUGACCGCUUCUGCUCUGAAUACUUCUGUUUUCCCAUUCCUAGAAGGUGAAACGUCGAUCUUCUUGGACAAUGCUUUUGUGGCAAAGAGUUAUAUGAAAAACGUCUCCCCCGGAGAGAGGUUCACUUGCUCUCUCGGAGUCGACACUGCAAUUCGUGUUGAGUAUAAACCAGCCAAGAAGUUCCACGAAGAAGGUGGUUACAUCACAAAACACUCCGCACUUGUCACUGAACAGACGGUUACUGUGAAGAAUACAAGGAGUGGUCAGCCUCUUCUUAUUACUGUGAAACAUCAUGUCCCACGCAGCACUGAAGAGAAGAUUCGUGUAAAAUUGGCGUCUCCUGUGGCGAUUCCUUAUGAUCCAGCUACUGCGAAUGAAAAUGAAGUCCCAGAACCAAAAGAGGGAAUCAGAAUGAAUAAAGAUCACAACUUGGAGUGGACUGUGAAAUUGCCACCAACAAGUUCGAAGGAUCUUGUUAUCAAGUGGAUUGUAGAGCAUGCAAAGGGGCAGAAUAUUAUUCUUCAGGAAAAAUUGUAA